AUGAGAGAUCUAGUUUCAUGUUUCAGUGAAAACUCAAUAAACAUUUCAAAUCCUUCAUGUUCCAGCUACUCAAACAACACAUGCAUCACACCAAACCCUCUUUCACCUUCCAUCCAAACCUCAAUUUCUUCUAUUUACAAAUUAGUCCUCUCCACAUUGAAACAAAUCGUAAUCACUGUAACAUGGUGCAAAAACCAUUCGAACCAAGGACUCACCAUAGCCUUCAACAACGAAGAUCCAAUUCUUCCACCUUUCAGACUCAACACAAACUCACGCUUUUUCCGUAAGAAAAAAGGCAGCAAACUCCUCGAUUUCGAAGAUUCGAAGGUAACCGUCCUAUGGGAUCUUUCAACUGCAAAAUACGAAACCGGCCCGGAGCCGGUGGAAGGCUAUUACGUCGUCGUUGUAAUCGAUUCAGAAAUCGGUUUAAUUCUAGGAGAUUCAGAGACAGUUACAAAGAGAAUGAAAGAGAAUGUUUCAAUGGCGAAGAUAACGCUGUUAUCGCGGAGAGAGAAUUGUUCCGGGUGUUCUGGUAACACGAUGUAUUCGACGAAAGCUCAAUUCUGCGACGGUGGAAGUUUUCAUGAGGUGAUGAUAAAAUGCAGCACGGAGAAUGAAGGUUCGUUUAACGGUAAAUCAUCAUCGUCGUCGCCGGUGUUGAGUGUGAACAUUGAUAAGAAGAAUGUGAUUCGUGUGAAGAGGUUGCAGUGGAAUUUUAGAGGAAAUCAAACUAUUUUUGUGGAUGGAUUGUUGGUGGAUUUGCUUUGGGAUGUUCAUGAUUGGUUCUUCAAUUCAGUUUCUGGUUGUGCAGUUUUCAUGUUCAGAACAAGAAGUGGUUUGGAUAGUAGAUUGUGGUUGGAAGAGAAGAAUUCUCAGAAAGAUAAAGAUAGAAUUGAAUUCUCAUUCUUCAUCUAUGCAUGUAAGAGUUCAUAA